AUCCUGCUCGUCACGAGGGAAAAGCUACCCUGCAUAUGCUACCCCUCCAACCUGGGUCGUACAUGGCACUUACAACCCACCUGUAGACCAACCAAGCUUUAUCACGAGGCGCCUCUUGAUACUCCGAAUUACAGCUUGCUUAUCGCAGGGCUCGGAUCCGAAAUCUACCUGAAAUAUACGACUUGUCCCCAGAAAGAACUGUGGAAAAGGUGAAUGCGCACAACUGGGAGCUUCUGCAGUUGAUGACGGUGCUUAUAUUCCGCCUGAUCUUGUGGCACCUCUAUCUUGUCCGGAGUCUCAUCUUCGCACUUUUCGGCCUCUUCAUCCGGUUAUAUAGAAGGUGGAACUUUGCGACCAUGCGGGCUCGUAAGCUUGUCAGUUUGCCCAUGAAGCUUCCUCUGAAGCUCCUACACAAGCUUGCGCCCCAUCUAAGACGAUCGCGUAUCGACGGAGCCGCUGUCAACCCUCCGAGCAUCAGAUUCGAAAUGCUGGAUGAGAAAGCCACACUAAGAAAAGACUCACCUCCACCGCUGGAGGAGUGCCCGAUCUGCCAGGACCCCGUCGGUGUACCUAAUCCAGAAGGCACGGUCGAGUCAUGGACUUCACUUCACUGCAGCCACAAAUUCGGUACUAUCUGUAUCCAAACCUGGCUGCAAGACUCCUUAGAUCGCGACGACCCUCACAAUCCUAACCCGACGUGUCCCAUCUGCCGCGAUGUUGCGAAGCACCCGAGCUGCGGACAUCCUGUCUGUAUAGUCCCGACCUUCGAGAUGCAGUGGAAUGCAUGGCAGCAGUAUCAUACGGCUGCAAUGGCCGACGCUACUUUUGUAAACUUCAGCAGACCUCCGGUUCGGCAACGCAACCGGCUUCAGCGCCGUGAAGGCCAUCCGAGUAGACCCUCUUUCACACCCCCGAAGCGAAAAGCUGACACGGUUGGCGAGUGUAGCGUCUGUGCUGAAGCUUCCAAGAAGAAGGAGAUGGAGAAACGAAUCUUGAGCUUUGUGCAGCCACAGCAGGAGACGCAGUCCGAGUUCCAGGAAGAGCUGGAGAUGGGAAUGCCAUCUAUCACAAGGAAAAGCGCCGUACUACACAUGAGACGAGGCCAUAUGAGCAGAAGAAACGGAGAACCAUCACGUGUAUCAACAAACACAAGCCCAAGUCCGAGUCCCAGCCCGACGGACGACGAAGAGCUCCAUAUCCACCGUGUGGUGUGCAAUACGCCCCCGCCACGCAUUCCCACCCCCGUGCCUAUGGGUGCUUCCGGAAGCAGUCUGCUGGUGGGGACACGUCGCGUUAGCACCGCCUUCUGAAGGUUGUCGGACUGGUGGCUUUUGGAGGAGAGAAUUAUGGACGAGGAGUCUGGAUAUUUCGAGGAGUAAGGGUGUAUUUGGA